AUGUCUCUCUCGUCGGAAUCAACCGUUCCUACGCUGAGCACCGUCACUAUAUCUUACUCAGAGCUCAAGGAUUGCAACGUAGAUUUGUCUGCGAGGAUUGAACAAGGAUUUGGACCUAAUGGACUUGGAAUCCUCUCUGUGAAAGAUGUUCCAGGGUACUCUGCUUUACGUCAGAACUUACUUUGUCUUGCUCCUAGGUUAGCUUCUCUUCCUGAUGAGGUGAAGAGAGAGCUUGAAGAUGCUCAUAGUAGGUACAAUUUUGGUUGGAGUCAUGGCAAGGAGAAACUAGAAUCCGGGAAGCUUGACAUGUUGAAAGGCUCUUAUUAUGCUAAUCCUCUACAAGAUGUACCUACGAGUAAUUCAGCUGAAAUCCAGCGGUAUCCAUGGUAUUGUGGAUCAAACAUAUGGCCAAAUAAUUCCUUGCCGGAACUUGAAGGAGCUUUCAAAGCUCUUGGUAAACUGAUGUUCGACGUAGGCCUGAUGGUAGCGUACCACUGUGAUCAGUAUGUCUCAAAGGGUAUAGAGCAGCAUGAAAUGCAAAACCUCGAAAAGAUACUAGUUGGCUCUCGGUGCCACAAAGGACGCCUGCUUUAUUAUUUUCCUGCACAAGAUAGCACUACGCAGAACAACGAGUCCAUCUCAUCUUGGUGUGGAUGGCAUACAGACCAUGGUUCACUCACAGGUCUCACUCGUGCUAUAUUCUCAAGAGACUCAGUGGAAGUGCCUUGCCCGGAUCCUGCUUCUGGCUUAUACAUAGAAACACGGUCGGGUCAGAUUGUUAAGGUUGUGUUUGGAGAAGAUGAAAUAGCAUACCAAAUAGGCGAGACAACAGCGAUUCUUUCAAAGGGUUAUCUUUGUGCCACACCUCAUUGUGUACGGGCGCCACAAGGAGAGGAAGCUCAUGGUCUAGAGCGAUCGACAUUUGCAUUGUUCAUGCAACCUGACUGGGAUCAGAAGCUUACAUUCCCAAAGGAAGUUACAAUUCAUGGAGAUAUAGCUCUCUCUAAUGGUGUCUUGACGUUUGGAGAAUACACAGAGAAACUACUCAACAUAUACUACGAUACAAAACCAUAG